CAUUAACGAAAAUAACAAAUCAUAGGAGGAAUUCAAAACCCUCGACUCUUAAUCCCCAAUCGAAAAAGACCUAUUUCUCGUACGCGCACCCCAAAACACAACAUCCACCGCUCGCAAAUCGCCCUGAAUCGCUUCCGUCCGGCGAAUCCGCCGUGUUAACUCGGCAAAGUUGCAGCAUUUUCCAAGGAUUUUUUGCAAUUUCCCGGAGUUACUGUUUCAUACUUCCGAGCUGUGUUAAAUUUUGAAUCUUCGGUGCCUCCGUAAGCUGGCUAUGGACUACGAGCCUUACGACAGCAGCGGAACUGAUGAUGAUUUUCCCCCACCUCAUCAAAAUAGGAUUUCAAGAGGAGGCCGCAUUUCUGGUAAUGGAAGAGCUGCUGCCAUGGGAAAUAUGCCAUAUCCUAGGAUGUACGAUGAGGCUGACAUGCUAGCUAAAAUACACCAGCUUGAGCAGGAAGCAUACAGUUCAAUUCUAAAAGCCUUCAAAGCUCAAGCUGAUGCUAUUUCUUGGGAGAAGGAGGGUUUAAUAACUGAGCUUAGGAAAGAAUUAAGAUUAUCGAAUGAAGAACACAGAGAUCUUCUCAGCAGAGUGAAUACAGAUGAAACAAUUAGAACGAUAAGCGAGUGGAGACAGUCAGGCGGGCUCCAAUCAGGCAUGCGUGGUGCUAGUCAAGCUAUCCAUGAACCAGUCCCCAGUCCUUCUGUCUCAGCUUCUCGUAAGAAACAAAAGAUAGCUUCAUCGUUACCCUCUCAAUCCUUUGGUGGGCCUUCUCCUUCUUUCCACCCACAGAUGAUGGCUCAAGCAAACCAGCCAUCUUCAUCUGCCGCAAAGCGUGGUCCCUUAAUGGGUUCAAAAGGCAAAAAGCAUAAAUUAAUGCCUCCGGGUGCAACUUCAAUGAAGAUGCAGUAUCCCUCUGGUCCGACUGGGAGAGGUCAAUUCGGUAAUCGUAUCUCUUCUGGUGGUCUUGCAACUGAACCUGCAGAAAGAGCUUCAUUUGAUCCGUUGAUCGGGAGGAAAGUCAGGACUAGGUGGCCUGAUGAUAAUAAUUUCUAUGAAGCUGUCAUAAGUGAUUAUAAUCCUCUCGAUGGUCGGCAUAGUCUUGUUUAUGAUGUGGGUACUGCUCUGGAAUCAGUUGAAUGGAUCAACCUUUCUGAGAUUUCACCUCAGGAUAUACAGUGGGAAGGUGAAGAUCCUGGAAUUUCUCAUCAUGGAGGUUACGGUGGACCAGGUCAUGGAAUGAAUAGACCUCUUGGUCGGGAUAAUGCUCAAGGUGGUGCCGGAAGAGGGAGGGGAUUGGCAAAAGGUCAAUCCAGAAAAGACUUCCGGCAAGCACAAAAUGGUAUCGGGAAGAAGGGACCCGACGACAUUCAGUUGCUUCAUACCGAUACCCUGAUUAAGGAGGUGGAGAGGGUUUUUAGUGCUAAUCAACCGGACCCUGUGGAGAUGGAGAAGGCAAAAAAAGUGCUAAAGGAGCACGAACAAGCUCUUGUUGAUGCGAUUGCAAGGCUUGGAGAUUUAUCUGAUGGUGAAAGUGAUGAGGGUGGCCGUUUUUUCAACGCACAAGCAAUCGACAGAGAAUGACGAAGCCAAUUAUUGAAGUACCAUUGGUACAUAAAACAAAUGGGAAAAAGAUUAGGUAAUUCAUAAUUCGAGCUGGCGGCAGGGGGGCCACACAUCUAUCUGCAACUUCUGUCAAUAUGGUAAAAAAAUCCAAAUUGAUAUUAGGAGAGUCAAUCUGUUGUAUAAUGUCAAAAUUCACUACAAACACAUGGAUAAUUGUAGUUUUAGGCCAAAGUCAGUAGCAGGGCGAGUUGCCCUAUAUUAACCGGUCAGCGUUUAGCACGCGUUUUACGUUAAUCGCAGCUGCCAUAAAGGUACGGUCGUGUAAAAGUUUAUGUACUUUUUUUUUAUGGGUUUAGCUUCUCUUGAUUAAUUUAGAUGAGGGCAUGCCUGUCAUUUAUUAACAACGAUAGUCGAAGCAUAUUUAUUAUUCAUGUGUUUAUUUCCUUGAUGAUGAACCUCUC